AGACGGCGAUAGUAUGUCGCUCCAUGAUCCAUGAUGUUAGGUUGUGUGUCAGAUGUCAGAUUGACGUUUUUUGAUUUUGAAUUUUGAAUUUUGAUGUGAUGAUGUGAUUUGAUGUGAUGUGAUGGAAAAAGAAAUUUAUAAAAAUCAGGAUGACAAGCAGCAGAAAGUGUAUUAAUGUGAUAUGUGAUGUUUAUAAAAAUCAGGAAGGAAACAAUGACUUGUGAAUAUGAAGCGAUAGUGCUUUCACCAGUACUGUGCAGUCAUCCAGAUUACAAACCACAAGACACUGGAGAAAAUGAAAUUACAUGUCAACCUGUCGAUAAUGCACCAAAGAAACCAAAGUCACUUAUGUUGAUGGAACUGCAAAGUAUAAAAACGCGACAUCAACAACAAGUGAGGGAUAGCGAGCCAAGAGUAAGGGUUGAGAUACAUCCACUGGAUGUUAUGGAUAAGCAGGGCAAUGGUGAUGAAUCUAUAGGUGCGAUGAGUGAUCAGAAUAUUAGUCCUGCUGAAGUUAGUCCUGUUCAGAGUUUCCUCAGUGGAAAGAAUUGCUUGCAUGGGGGUAAUGGCUGGUGGAAGUAUGAAUUCUGUUAUGGCCGUUCUGUUGUACAAUAUCACAUAGAAAGAGAUGGUACGAAAACAAUCGUCAAUCUCGGUAGAUUUGACAAACAGAAGCAUUUAGAGUGGAUUGCCGCACAUCCACACAAGAAACCCAAACCGUUAGAGUUAAAAAAACACCUCUCACACUUUUAUAGUGAUGGAAGUAGCUGCGAUAAGACUGAAGCUUUUAUGCAAACUGAAGUAAAAUUGAAAUGUGUUGAGAACCAUACUGCAAGCGCAUCUAGUGUAUCAUUAUUUUUUUUGUUACCCAAAACAUGUGAAUAUGAUCUAGGAGUUGAAUCACCAUUGAUCUGUGAUAUCUUAUAAUAUGCCGAUAAAAAUGGAUUUUUAAGUGAAAAUUUUCAAGCAAAUUUCGAUAAAUUGAAAUCUACAGCCUUGCAUUCAGAACAAGAUAAUUUAGAUGAGCGAAUAGCUAACGGAGACGAUUAGAGCAAUCAAUUUGUUUUCUCGAUGUCGAUUAAAUUAUCAAAACGUUUGUUAUAAAUAUAAAAAUGU